GUCUGUUUCCUACUAACUCGCCAUACGUGCUUCAGCUAGACGUGGUUAUACACUUCACAAUACUGUGACAAAGCAAAGAAUAUAAAAAUGUCUUCUGCGAACGAGAACGGUGCCCGUCUCACCCAGUUCAAAAACAAAGGGAAGGAUGCGACUGAACUGAGGCGUCGAAGGAUCGAAGUCAACGUCGAGCUUCGCAAAGCAAAGAAGGACGACCAGAUUCUUAAAAGGAGAAAUGUGAGCAUUUUUCCUGAUGAGGCGACUUCUCCCCUACAGGAGAAAGGACAGAAUUGUCAGACUCAGCAUUGGACGGUGGAAGAAAUUGUAAAUGGUGUGAACAGUAACAAUUUGGACACUCAACUUCAAGCCACCCAAGCUGCCAGGAAGUUGCUGUCACGAGAGAGACAUCCACCAAUUGACCGCAUCAUCAGCGCAGGUCUGAUUCCGAAGUUUGUGAGCUUCUUGGGUUUGGUGGACUCUCCACCCAUACAGUUUGAGGCAGCUUGGGCUCUAACCAACAUUGCGUCUGGAACAUCUGACCAGACCAGCGCUGUGGUCAAGGGAGGAGCUGUCCCGGCAUUUAUCAGCCUGAUCUCAUCCCCGCAUGCUCAUAUCAGCGAGCAGGCUGUCUGGGCCUUGGGAAAUAUUGCUGGCGAUGGCUCUGGAUACAGAGACAAAGUCAUUAAGCAUGGUGCUAUUGCUCCUCUUUUAUCUCUACUGGCUGUUCCUGACUUCUCCGUGUUCGCUUCUGGUUACCUGAGGAACGUCACCUGGACCCUGUCAAACCUGUGUCGUAAUAAGAACCCUGCACCUCCCCUGGAUGCAGUGAGACAGAUUCUGCCGACCCUUAUCCGCCUUCUGCACCAUGAUGAUAAGGAGGUCCUGGCAGACACCUGCUGGGCCAUCUCGUACCUGACCGAUGGGCCCAAUGAAAGAAUUGAUGUGGUUGUGCAGGGCGGUGUGGUCCCUCGACUAGUGCAGCUACUUGGUUUAGGGGAACUCUCCAUUGUGACUCCAUCGCUACGUUCCAUCGGUAACAUUGUAACGGGUACAGACGAACAGACUCAAGCUGUGCUGAAUGCCGGUGCCCUCUCCAUGUUUCCUGCUCUGCUGCGCCACCAUAAGAAUAACAUUCAAAAAGAGGCGUCCUGGACUCUGUCCAACAUCACUGCUGGCAGAGACCAUCAGAUUCAGGAGGUCAUCAAUGCUGGCAUUGUGCCGUACUUGGUUGAAGUUCUCAGACGGGGUGAUUACAAGACCCAGAAAGAGGCUGUAUGGGCAGUGACCAACUACACCAGCGGAGGCACAAUUGAGCAAGUGAUUUACCUUGUUCAGGCCAACGUACUGGAGCCCUUGUUGAAUCUGCUCUGCACUAAGGACAGCAAAACUAUUCUGGUCAUCUUGGAUGCAAUCACCAACAUCUUCUUGGCUGGCGAGAAGAUCGGUGAAGUCGAGAAGCUGUCGUUGAUGAUUGAGGAAUGUGGCGGCCUGGACAAAAUUGAAGCUCUGCAGACCCAUGAAAAUGAAAUGGUCUACAAGGCUUCCCUUAACCUUAUAGAAAAGUACUUCUCUGCAGAGGAGGAAGAAGACGAAUGCGUUGCUCCUGAAGCUACAAGUGACGGCUACGCGUUCCAGAUUAAUGAAAACCAAAGCACUUUCAAUUUCUAAAUAUCUGAUCUGUCCUAUUUUUGUGCUGUUCUUCUCUACCAUCGUUCUGUAAACCACUUGUCCUGUUCAUGUGUUCGUCUUAAAGACUUCUUGCUCUAAUUUGUACAUACUGAACUGUUUCCAUUUUAUUUGUUGUAAAUAAAAAGUGAUAAUAGAACA